AUACAUUUACCGGAAAUGCUAAUGUCACUUGCACUCUGUUUUGUUUUUGUCAGGACUUGAGGAAGUGGAUUCUACAUUGAAUGUGGUCAGUGGGUUCCAAAUUAUAUGUACAUCCCCGGGUUUUAACGUCAUAGUAUCGCAUCUUAGCAGUUAUCACAUUAAAUGUUUUGGUUGUUUCGGAACAAACUGUGUGGCUAUCGGUAACUGAUUACUUCAGUCAGUGUUCUCGCAGAGCUAACGUUACCGACCGUUACUUGACCAGCCAGCAGCUAAAGCACCGAUGUUGAUGAAAAAGAGAGGCCAUACGUGUUUGCUAGCGUCCAGUAUGGCUUCAUUAGUUGUGCUCAUGAUGGUGCUGUACGGAUGUGGCACCAUUGGCACCCAGCAGCCCGGCAGCGCCAGCCUCAGACAUGACUACCAGCUGCUGGGCAGACCCCUGUACAAACUGGACCUGAGCUGGCCCAAGAACCCAGAGCUCUUCACCGGGGAGGUGUUCGGAGUGGCUGUCAACCAGUAUGCUGGUGUGGUGCAUGUGGCACAGAGAGGUAACAAUGUGCCCAAGGUGCUGGUGUUCACCACAGACGGAGAUUUCCUUAUGUCCUGGAACACGACCACCCUGGAGAUGCCUCAUGGUAUAUUUGUAGCAGACGCUGCCUCGUCAAACCCCACUGUGUGGAUCACAGAUGUGGGGAGCGGCCCGUACGGCCACUGCAUCAAACAGUACUCUCCAUCUGGGAAGCUCCUGCAGGUUCUUGGUACGCCAGGGAAGGCAGGCUCUGGGAUGAACCCUCUGCAGUUCGACCAGCCGGCGGAGAUCUUCGUCCACGACUCCGGAGAGAUGUACAUCGUGGACGGUGACGGGGGGAUGAACAACCGGCUCAUCAAGCUGUCCAAAGAACAGGAGGUGUUGUGGAUGCACGGAGAGAAAGGACAAGGCCUGGCUCAGUUCUACAUCCCCCACAGCGUGACUGUAGACAACGCCCACAGGGUGUGGGUGGCCGACAGGGGGAACAAGAGGAUCCAGAUCUUCAACUCCAUUACCGGGGACUGGCUGGGGACAUGGGGGAGCUGCUUCACUGAGGAUGCGCCCUACUCUGUCCGCCUGACCCCAGACAAGAAGUACUUUGUCGUUGUCCAGCUCAACACCAACCAGAUUUCGCUGCUGGAUGCCCCACCGGUGGGUUUGAUUGGCCAGUGCAGUGUGGUCAGUGUGAUCCAGCUGGCUGAGGAAGUGAAGCCCCACCUGGUAGACCUGGACCUAAAGACAGGGGCCCUGUAUGUGGCUGAGAUUGGAGCUCAGCAGGCGCAGAAGUUUACCCCCUUCAGUCUGGGUAAGAGCUUCCCAUAGUGCCACACUUUGAAAUGGCGUGACCCAUCAGAAACUAACUGCGUCUAUAAUAAUCGUUACCAGUUAUUAGAAACCGGACCAAAAAUGUCCAUGUGUUAUGUAAUUUGUAAUCCAGAAAAAAAUCAGAUCUUUGUCAGUAUGAUGAACCCUACUUAUACAGUAAGAUUCAACAUCUGAGGUCAAGAUGUCCACAACAACCCUGUCUCCUAGAAAUUACAUUUUUAUAGUAAGAGACUGCAACAGUAUUUGGGUUUUGAAAGAAACUUGCCUCAAUGGAGUGCGAUCACAUAAGGCUUGUAUCGUGUGGAUGUGCCAACAGUGUUGUUGUCAUUACUUAAAGUUCCUCAUGGGGCCGACAGAAACUACGCACUAUAGCUUUAAUCAACAUGAGCACAGAGUCCAACAUGUAAAUGUGCCAGAUUUAGCCAUGCAGGCUAAUUUUCAUCUGCAGUCCCUAGCAGGUUGAUGGCUUAAAACAUUAGAUAAGCUACAACAAUACAACACA